AUGUACGUGCUGACCCUUGGCAUCGUCUUCAUUCUCGUCGCUUACCUCGAGUGGCUGAAUCACGGCCUCACGAUCGCGUCCCGUGGGAGCUGCCAUGAUGCGGCCGCCAGGCUCCAGCUGAUGGCCUUGCAUGCGCUCCGCGUUGCGCUGGCGCUCAUCGUGAUGCUCGCCGCCAUGUCCUUCAACGUUGGUGUGCUGAUGGCUGCAGUGUUGGCUCACGCCCUGGGGUUCUUCCUCUUUGGCAGCUCUGGAAUGCAAGAGAUCUCGCAGAAGGGAGACUCUCCUCCAAUGAGCUCUGUUUGA